AUGACACACCUCUCACUCUUUUUGCAGAAUCUAUCAGGAACAAUCCCCAGUGAGCUAGGACUCAUGAAGGAUCUUAAUGACUUGCACCUGUGGAACAACUCCAUGACAGGAACAUUGCCCAGUGAAGUGGUUGCAUUGAGGCAUUGGAGGGAGUGUGGCUUCCAUUACAACCAAUUCUCAGGGACAAUCCCAACAGAGCUUGGACUGGCGACAUCUCUCCGAAGACUUAGAAUGAUUGCCAACAAAUUGUCCGGUCCAGUUCCAAGUGAGAUUGGCCUCUUGCAUCGUGCCGAAGAUCUUUUGCUUAUGAACAACUCGCUUUCAGGAUUCAUCCCCACAGAGAUUGGAUACAUGUUGCAGAGAGACAGUCGCUACAUUGAUCUCAGCUAUAACUCCCUCACUGGUACCAUCCCUAGUGAAUUGGGCCUGUUCAACAAAUCGGAUGAAUUGGGGCAUUUUGAGAUCAAGGUCAAGGGAGUCUCGCUGCGGAACAACGCUCUCACGGGCACUAUUCCCACUGAGUUAGGAAUGAUGAAACACCUCGAGGCGCUGUACCUUGGAAAUACACUUCUUUCUGGACCCGUUCCGUCCGAGUUGGGUGAGUUGAGUGACCUAGUCAUGUUGGAACUGUCCAACUUGCCUCUGUUGACUGGGUCCAUUCCAGAUGAGGUAUUCAACCUGACUUUGAAGGUAUUCAGGAUUGAUGGAAGCAACCAGCUUUCUGGUACAAUUGCGGAAGCUUUGUGUGCUAUUGAAGGAUCUGAGUGUGAUUUGAGCUUUGGGAUUUUGAGGUAUCAGCCCCAGGAUCCCCGGGAGUGUUUUGUCAGGUUUGACUGCACAGAUGUAGUCUGUGGUUGUGAUUGCCUCUGUAGCAAUGCUACUUUGUCAUUCAAUUCAACCGAGAGCUGA